AAUCUUUCUCCAGUGCGUAAGACCGUCGGAUCAUCUGCCACGUUACUCGCGAUUACGGGUUAACCUGUCAACGUUUGGUUACGGUCUGGCCUGAAGACAUGUGACAAAACAUUCAAUAAAAUAUUCUUUAUUAUCGACUGAUAACCGCAUGAUAAUCCUAUACAUUGUUGGUAUCAGCCAUCGUGAACAAGGUUUUAGAAAAUGUGCGAAGACGGUCGUCUGAUUAUUUUACUUGUGACUGUACUGCUAAGGUGGUGUACCACAUAUCACCCAUAUAGCGGUCAAGGAAAACCACCGAUGUUUGGUGAUUACGAAGCACAAAGACAUUGGCAAGAAGUAACAUUCAAUUUACCAUACCAAGAAUGGUACACCAAUUCAUCGAACAAUGAUCUACAAUAUUGGGGCCUCGAUUAUCCACCGCUGACCGCGUAUCACAGCCUGCUGUUGGGCUACGCUGCCAACAAAGCAAAUCCAGAUUACGUGAAACUCAGAGACUCAAGAGGCUUUGAAUCCGAUGGUCAUAAAUUAUUUAUGAGGCUGUCUGUGGUUGUUGCAGAUUUAUUAAUUUAUAUACCAGCAAUAUUCUGGAAGUUGUGGACGAGUCUGAUGGUUGUGGAGGAAAGUUUGUUGUGCUAGUUGUGUCAAACGCAUUCAUAGGGAAGCCUCUCUUACAAAGACACAGACUUGUCAAUUCGAUCUUGGAAGAAGAGUUAAAAGAAAUACAUGCUUUUUCUCAGAAGACCCUUACACCAGAGGAAUGGGAAAAACGAAAUGCUUAACUCUGCGUGAUUUUAUUAAUACUGAUUCAAUGAUAAAUAAAUAUUAGCA